GUUUUUACAAAGUUGAGAGAGGCGGAGGACGACGCCGCUGCCGCUGCCACUGGCGCAACGGGCGCUGCCUGUCGCGCACUGGAACCGCGCCACUGUCGAUCCCCUCUCCUCCCCGCUUGAACCUUUUUCCCACUAUCCACUACGCAGGGGUGAACCGUAGCCCGUAGCACGUCAGUCGCUCGCGCGUUACCAAGCCAAGUGGAUCAGGUUGUGAAUGUGUUCUCACUGAGAAGUAAAACGAUUAAAAAAAACAUCCUCGCGUCGUGCAUUAAAAGUUUAACGGUACGAUUGAAUUCGAUCGUUUGAAUCUCCGGAUAGUUGUGCGAGCGGAAAUUCCAUUUUCCCAAGGAUAUAUUUACACAUAUACAAAUCUUGCGUGCUUCGAUACGUUUUAAUAAAAUAUAUUUAACGACCAUUUCGACGUUUAUUUCUACAUUGAGUGGUGUAAAUUAUACACAAAUAUAUUUAUACAGAUACACGCCACACGAAUACGCAAGCACGUACAGACACAUAUAUUUAUAUACAGAUUUAUAUAUUUUUUAAAAUAACGGGGAGAAUAUCCCUCGAUCUUGUGCCGCACUCGACAGAGACCCCGGGAUACUCGAUUCGUUUCGUCUUCCAAGCGAUCCAAGGACUACGACGAACGUUUCCUUGUCGAUAGGAGCAUCGCAAAAACGUGAGGGUAUCGGCCGCCGAAAAGAAUACGAGAAGCUCUACGAGUGUAGUAAGAGAGGAAGAAAAAAAUUUGAGGUUAACAAGAGAAACAGAGUGAAUAUAAGAGUUAUCAAAAAUGGGAGCGCGACAGAGCAAAAGGUCUGUGGAUAUAACAACGACGCCGAAGAAGGAAGGAGUUCCGGUCGAGGGCGUCGUCGGCGACGCGGCAGCGCCCGGCGACGGAAAACUCGAGAAAAUCGAAGAAACCGACGUCAAACCAACCACCAACGGUGUCGCUCCACACACGGACGCCUCGCCCGAGGAUAAAGACAAAGACAAGGACGAGGCUACGGAGAAGGAAACCGAAAAGGAGGAAGAGACAAAAGCCGAAGAUGCCAAGGUCCCCAAGGUAGAAUCCCCGACGACUGAAACUCCAGCGGAAGGCGACGCCGAGGUCACAACACCCACCGAAGGAACACCAGCUAGCCCUACCACUGCCACUUCCCCCGAGAGCAAAGAAACGAAAAAAAAGGAUAAGCUGAAGAAGAAGUGGUCCUUCAGAUCGAUCAGUUUCGGCAAAAAAGACAAGAACAAGCCAGCCCGCGACGACGCCCCUAAGAACGGUGAUGUCACGAAGGAAGAACCUCUGGCAGAGGGUGGCGAGGAAGCCGAGGGUGCGGAAGGAGGCGCAGCGGCGGUGAGCAGUCCCCCAGCCGAGGAGAAGUCGACAGUGAGUAGCCCAACGGAGAAGGAAAAGAGCGAGGAGGCGGUCGAAGCAACGUCCGAGCCUGCCAAACCAGAAGAGAAGAAAAGCCCGAGCAAAGCUGCUGCUGCUGCUGCUGCUGCAUCCGUAGCAUCAAGUCCGGUCGAAGAGAAGAAAGACGAUAACACGACUCCCGCACCCACUCCCGUUCCCACCGAGGCUAACAAAACCGAGGAUAACCAGAAAGAGGUCGAGCCCGCGAAAGCUGAUAAAACAGUCGAGGUCAGUCAAGUCAAGGCGGUUAUAGAUGCCCCGGUAGAGGUCAACUCCCUGUCCAAGCAAAAAGCUAAUACAGCUACUACCGCGCCGUCUAUCAUUGAGAGGAAAACCAGUGAGGAUAUCCCGUCCCAAUUCCCGUCAAGUCCACCGCCAACGCCGAUUGAUCCGUCGCCGUUGCAGCGAGCCCAGCAAGCUGCUGCGAACGCCACGGCACUUGCCGAGGCGCUCAAGCUUCCUGCUGAGGCUGCUAACAAAGCUAACAUUGCAUACGCUUCAGGUCAAAACGUACCGGGCGGCGAUACAACCUCAUUCCCACCCCAAAUCACUUGCCAAACGAGCGAGCUUCGUCCCUCGACAGCUCAAACAAUCCAAUCUACAGAAACUCCCGAUUUAUCCACCGUGUCAGUGUCCCACGAGCAAACAGGCAGCGCGUCCCCCGAAACGAACAUCGUCACUUCUGACAGCGACACGCACACGCCGGUCGUUGUUCCGACCGAGGCCAUCACCGAAGAGCCUAACUCUUCCUCCUCUUUGAUAACCGAUACUAUUGCCGAUUCUGCUGUGGCGGACGAGCUCCUCGUAACCGAGCCCCACCAGGUACAAAUACCAUCGGCCACGAUUGACGACAACAGCGUUCAGCCGCCAGAGGAGAGUGAUCUCGUCAUCCAUACCGAGGAAGGUCCCAUUCCAGUCUCGGACAGCGUUGUCGUCGAGGCAAAACCAGCCCUCGUUGUACCCGAAACUCCCCUCGAGGACGAUGAGAAAACCGUUCAAGUUAUACUCGAGGCUAAUGUGGAACGCGACAGUUGCAAAUUGCCGACAGAAAUGGUGGAAUCGAACGAAGGAUUGCUCGUCGUUACCGACGAAAUGAUCGAGGCCUGUCCCGAGGUCGGAGAGGCUCUCAGCGAACCAAUCGUCACCCUCGUCGAAGAGGAGGAACAUCAACCAAACGACGAGAUUACCGAGGAGACAGCGGACAUACCGCCGCCGUUGCCUGAUUCACCGAUACCCCUGCCAAAAACCACCACUCAAUUGUUGAACUUUAUGUCAACUCAGAUCGAAGACUCUGACGUUAUUACCGAAAUUGUCGAGAACCCCUCCGAAACGAGGAAGGAGAACAUUGAUAAAGCGACGAUAGAACUUAUCGAAAUCGAAGAGCUUACGGACGAUCAAGAUGAUAAAGCAUCAUCGCCGUCGUCCCCGCGCCUCGAGGAAGCGUCACAAACGAGAUUCGAUCUACUCUCACAGGCAAUAGAGGACGAUACAGAUAUACCGAGUCCCCAGUCACCCGAGAUCCCCCAACAAUCGUCCCCUCUCCACAUUUCAUCCGAAACUAAAGUUAGUUCAUUGGAAAAUCCGACAGACGAUUCCUUCAACCCGGAAAACUCUUCGUUCGUUCCCGCUUCGUCACCCAUUCCUCAGACCCCGCUAACACCGCCGCGAACUCCCAGCAGCGUUACCAAUGUCGAUCCGGCGAAUCUCUGCGAAACCUCAACCGGUGAAUCGACCUCGUUGCUUGAGCUUACCGACGAUCAAAGUAAUCGCGAAUUCAAGAUGGAAUCGUUGGAACAGAGUCUCAAUUCUUACAAUGAUUCGGAGCUCGAAUUGAAGGAGAGAUUAGCCGAGUCGAUGGAGGAAAAUCAGAUGGUCAAUGGCCAAUUAACGAACGACAGCAUCGAGGAGAACGACCAGAGCAAACCCGAAAUUGAAGCACCAGUAGAGAACAACGUUAAUGCUGCUGAAGACAUUAGCACGACGGAAGUGAACGACGAAGCUCCGAUGAGUCCACCACCAGCGGUACCUGCUGAAGCUCCAGCACCCAUUCUUGGGCCGGCCAUCACCGAAGAUGUUGCUUCGGUCACCAAGGCUAUCGAGGAGAUCGACAUCAACGAAAAAGCAGUCGCAGCAGCGGUCAACGAAAACAUCGAGAGCAUCAACAGCACAAAUGAAAUUAUUGCCGACAUGAAUCACCAAAACAACAUGAACGAAUAAGCGCCGCUCUAACCGAAUUGUAUUUUGGGAAGAAGAAAGUUCUUUUCUCUCGUUAAAACCAAAAAAGUAUAUUAUAUAGAUAUGUAUAUUUGGACCAUUCCUGCAACUAAACUGAAAAUAUCGUUCUUUCGUUACGAGCAGCAGCAAAAAAAGAAAGAAAAGGGAAUCAGAGGCGGAAGAAGAAAAGAAAUGUAGCCAGCGAGAAAGAUGUGUCACGGAUGAAGAUCGUGAAGGGCAUAAGGACUUUUAUAGUAGGCCUAUUAAUUAUUAGACGACAUUCGAUGGCAGGGUGGUUGAUGGAUUGGAGAUGGCAACGGAUCGAAUUAUUUAAGAACCGUAAAAAACCGGAUACAAACAAAAAAAGCGAAGAAGAAAUAAUAAAGAAAUAAAAGGGGACGGCAAUCCGACAACGAUUAUUAAUCGUGAGACCGUUUAUCGCGAGGUCGCUCGAGUGGUGAUUCAUUAUUUCGCGAAGCAACGGAAAAUUAAUACACUACAAAAAAAAUAUAACAUGCAAAGACGUACACACACGUACACACAGCUACACGAAGACGACGAAUACACGCGCGCACAUAUAUAUGUACACGUCAAACACACACAACAUAUUUUAAAUCUGGGCCGUGCCCAGGCGCGGAUUGUGAGUUGAUCAUUGAUCCGCGCGAGAAUGUAGAAAUUUUAAAGUGUCAUUAAUUGUUAUUAAGAUAAGUCUAACGCGAGAACGAGAGAGAAGGGAAAAGAAGAGAGCGAGAGAGAGAGAGAGAAAGACGAGAACAGAUUUAUCGGUCUGCGAUAUUUGAAUGAAUCGAGAGUCGAGUAUCGGUUCUUCGUACACUUCGAGGAAAAUACUCAAAAGGUUGGCACCCCCCCCCCCCCCCCCCACUCCCCUCCCUCCCUUCCUCCUAUUCAUAAACCUACACUUACUAUAAUUGUAAACUGGGAUAUACGAAAAUGGAAGGAUGAUCGCGGUACGUUGAUCGCGAGAAAGGGUAAAAAAGAAGAAAAAAAACGAUAAUGAAAUGAAAUAAUAGAUAGAAUUCGUGGGCUGCGUGUAUGAAAAAAAAAAGUAGGCAAUACGAAAAGCGAGUGGCGCUUUGUGUGUGCUUGAAAAUGGUCAAGGUAGAGCUAGUGUGGCGAAAAUGAAGAAGGACAAUGAAUGACUGUCCUCAUCGAGCUGAUGAAGAUGUUAGUAGGAAAAAAAAACAAAAAAGAGCUAUACGGACAAAGAGAGCAGUCGUAAGGCAAAAAAAACGGUGAAAAAUCCGUGGUGAUCGAGCGUAAACUUGACAAAUUCAAAGUACAGAGAGAUUCCACAUCGCGAUUCGAUUACAUUUUGCUCGUAUUCAUUUCGCAAUCCUUUUUUGUGUUUGUACAAUUUGAUAAAACAACAAAAAAGAAUUGAAAAAUCACACACGCGCGUACAAAGCGUUUAAAGCUGUAACGAGGAACCGCAGACUUCCCAGAAAACACAGACACGCGCUCGCACGCAAUUCACUCAAAGUCGCUCGUAAGAGAAUCACAGACAAAAAUAAUGAGACACAUACACACACGCACAUACAGAUUUAAAAGUUGCGUGCCUAAACACGUACAGAUAUGUGUGAAACAAAACAGUCUUACUGCCACGACAAACGUUAUUUAAAAAAUAACAAAAAAAAAAAUAUUUCAAAACAUGGUAAACACGAAAGGAAACAAAAUGAAAAAAAAAAAAAAAAUAACAAAUAACAAAUAAAACGAUACAGUAAGUCGAGCAAUUUAAGUGAUAUAUAAUCUAGACAUAAAAGAAGCGAGAGAAAGAGAGAGAAAGCGUUUGUGUAAAUUCGGCGUUUGUUCGGGAAAUCUUCGUACGAAAAGUCUCGAGGAAGCCCAUCGUAAUAUUUAUGAAUAAUCGAUUAAUAUCGCCCAAUUGCCAACUACGAGACUCGCACAACCACCAUCUACCCACCCAAACAAACGAGAAGCGAACAACAACAAAAAAAACAGACACAACAACCGAACGGUACCUUUUUCAAGUUUUUCAUACGAUGUUUCUACGUUUAUACGGAUCUCCAGAAUUAAAACGAAGAUUAAAAAAAGUAAAAAAAAAAACACGAAUAAGUAACUAAUAAUAAUAAUUAUAAUAUUAAUAUUAAUAAUUGCCUACGAACGAUUUUUGUUAUUAAGGCCGUAGCAUAGAACAUAACGCUAAACGAUAAACGCAUAUAUGUAUAUGCUCCCGGAUCAGAAUAUUUCUAAGUGUUAGAGGGAACGAGUCGGAGAAAACAGGUGGUCACUUGCCCGCCUAAAGGCAUUGAUUUUUCAACGGUAUAUAUGAUUAAUGAUUACGGAGAUAUAGGAGGUUAAAAUUAAAAAGUUGUAUAGUAAACCUUAUUCGUAUAAAAUUUAAUUAGGUAUUGUCCGUAAUGAUAUUUACAACGAAAUCGAAAAGAAAGGAAUGCUUAAAUCGGGGAAGAUGAGGGAGAAGAAUGCACGAGUGAAAAGGACAAAUUGAAGGACCGAGGGCAAGGGGGGGUGGAAAAGGUAAAAAAAGACGAAGAAACUUGCCGUUUUCUCGAAAUAAGACUUCACAACGAGAGCGGACUCAUUGUUAGAAAUUUCUCGGACGCGACCGAUCUCUGCACCAUCACUAUCAAACGUCACUCUGAGACGUUCCCGAGCCAAAGAGAAAGAGACGAAAGAAGAAAAAACAAAAGGAUAUCUUACUUAUUCUUAAUCUCGGCAGACACACGAAUUAUUUUAAAUGAGAUUUUUCUUCUCUGUUUCAUUUCUUUUUUCUUUUUUAUUAUCGUUUUGUUUGUUUUUUCUUAUCUUUUUUGAUUCGGGAACUUCUCGGAUACGAAAGUACAGUCUUCAGUAUCUUCGAUCAGCAGUUAUAAUAGUAACUAAACUAUUCUACAUUUAUCUAUAAUCUAUAAUAAACUGUGAAACAAGUGUA